CGCCUCCGAACAGUGAGUGGUUUUUCGGGUUCAUCCGACUUCUGUCGGCCGCUCUGAGUUUACUGUAUUGUAAAAAGCUGCUGCUGCGAAUCGGUAGAGGAGGAGUAGGAGGAGGAAGGGGCGUCUGAGUAGCCAAAAUUCUCCCCUGAUAGUGAACACAUCCGGAGUCCCGACGAUCGUAAUUUAAAAAUCACAUUGUCUUUUUAGGAAACAGAGUUUUAGAUGUAUAUAUUUUAAGAUUAAUUUAUGUCAUUUCGCUUAGUUUAUGCUUUACGUUAACACGCUGGGAGGGCAGAAAUGGCGGCCAACAUGUACCGGGUCGGAGAUUAUGUCUUCUUUGAAAAUUCCUCCAGUAACCCUUACCUGAUCCGUCGGAUAGAAGAACUCAACAAGACCGCCAGUGGGAAUGUCGAGGCCAAGGUGGUUUGCUUCUACAGAAGGAGAGACAUCUCUCACAGCCUCAUCCAGCUCGCAGAUAAACACGCAAAGGAGUUGGAAGAAGAGAAGGAGAACCCAACAGAGACCGAGCUCACAGACAAACAGAAACACCAGCUUCGUCACAGAGAGCUCUUCCUCUCCCGACAGUAUGAGAGUCUACCUGCGACACACAUCAGGGGGAAGUGCAGCGUCGCGUUAUUGAACGAGACCGAAGCCGUUCUUUCAUACCUUGACAAAGAGGACACUUUCUUCUACUCGCUGGUGUACGACCCGACUCAGAAGACCCUGCUGGCCGAUAAGGGAGAGAUCCGAGUGGGACCGCGCUUUCAGGCAGACGUACCUGAAAUGUUGCAGGAGGGAGAGGCAGAUGACAGGGACCAGUCCAAACUGGAAGAGAAGCUCUGGAAUCCAGAGUGUCCUCUGACUGACAAACAGAUAGAUCAGUUCCUAGUGGUGGCCCGAGCGGUUGGGACCUUUGCCCGAGCGCUGGACUGCAGCAGUUCAGUUCGACAACCAAGCUUGCACAUGAGCGCAGCUGCGGCCUCUCGUGACAUCACACUGUUCCACGCGAUGGACACGCUGCAUCGUCACAACUACGACCUGUCCAGCGCUCUGAGCGUUCUGGUCCCGGCGGGCGGCCCGGUGCUCUGCAGGGAUGAGAUGGAGGAGUGGAGCGCCUCGGAAGCGGCCAUGUUUGAAGAGGCUUUGGAGAAAUAUGGAAAAGACUUCAACGACAUCCGACAAGACUUUCUGCCAUGGAAGUCCCUGACCAGCAUCAUAGAGUACUACUACAUGUGGAAGACCACAGACAGAUAUGUGCAACAGAAGAGACUGAAGGCAGCUGAGGCAGAAAGCAAGCUAAAGCAGGUUUAUAUCCCCACAUACAACAAACCCAACCCCAACCAGAUCUCGAUGACCAACGGUAAGAUGGCGACUGUGAACGGAGCGGGCCCCGGGGCCUUCCACGCAGCGGGAGGCGGCCGAGCCUGCGAGAGCUGCUACACCAUGCAGUCGGCCCAGUGGUACUCCUGGGGGCCUCCCAACAUGCAGUGCCGCCUGUGCGUUUCCUGCUGGAUGUACUGGAAGAAGUACGGCGGUCUGAAGAUGCCAAGCAGAGCCGAGGCCCCAGAGGAGAGGACCUCCCCCACUCCUGCAACCAAUGAGUCCCGCUCCAGGAGUCACGUUCCCCGCCAGUCCAACCACAUGGUACCGAUGAGGAACAGCGGCAGCCCCAAGUCCUCCAUGAAGACCAAGCAAGCCUUCCUCCUGCAGGCCACCCGCCUCACCAAACUGGCUCGGCACAUGUGCCGGGACAUCAUCAGGCUGCGCCGCGCUGCGCGCCGGCCGUUUGUCCCCAUUAACUGUGGGGCCAUAAAGGCGGAGUACAUGUUAAGGGUGUCAGAAGGGCAGGGGACCCGGCUACCCAAAACCAGAGCGGCCCAAAGGAGCACUCUGACCAGCGUCCUGCAGUUUCUAGAGUCCCGGCCCAUGGCCCACGCCCCUCGCUCCCACCGCACCCCAGGCCUGCAGACGCCUCCGCCUCGCCGCCUCCUCUCCUCUCUCCCGCACGGACCCCACGGCAUGCUGGGAAAACGCAGCUACCACCACCACAGCAGGGCUGACCCAGAGAGGCGUUCAGAGAACCCUGGUUCAACAGGAGGACCUCUCAUCCACAACGGCCGCAGCAGCAGCAGCGGAAACACCAGAGGGGGAGUAAUGAUUCGCAAGAGACGCCCCAACUGGAUCGAUGCUCCCGAUGACAGCUUCUUCCUCGUUACCCGGGAGACCAGGAGGGCGCGACGGCUGCUGUCCCGCUCCCAGCUGAGGCACGCCUGUCGACAGCCCUGCGAGCAAAUCACCCUGCGCAGGGUCUCCCACGGACCCCCGCAGGGGCUGGUCCUGGCCCCUCCACACCCACACCCCAGCUUGAGGAUGCGGGGCCCCAUCGUCAUCCACGAUUGAUCAGUCAAACUUCGGACUUUCAGACCUCCACGCUGCAUCUGCACACCUGUUCUUUGAAUACAUCCUCAGUUCUAUGGAAGCUAAAAACGCAGUUUUAACCCAACAACACGACUAAACACGCUGUUUGGCAACAGAGGGAUCCGUUGAUGAGCCUUGAUGCAAUAGAAACACAAGCCUGACUGAUAACUGCUUCCUGUCUUUGACUCCCUUAGGAAUUUGCUCCUACGUAUUCAUGCAGGCGAGUCUCAAUAAAUUAGAACGUCACAGAAAGGUUAUUUUAUGACAAUAAUUUGAUUCAAAAGGAUUCAAAAGGCCAAUAUACAGCUCUGGAAAAAAAUGUAGAGCCCAUUGCACUGAACCCCAGUAAAAACCUCAUCGUUCUUCCACCAAAUAUUGAUUUCUGAACUCUUCCUGAGUUCAAUCAUUCGCAUUGUUGUUUCUAAAUUAACAAAAACUUGUUUUCUUUUUUUGUCCAUUUCUCAUAUUCUGCAAAAAAUACAAAAUUUUUGUUGGAAUUCCAGAGAUAUGUUGUCAAUAGUUCAUAAAAUAAAAGAAGAUUGCUCAUUUUUCUCAAACACAAAAACUGAAAUCAGAGAGGCGGGUCUUUUAAUUUUUUCCACUGCUGUAUAUUUAAUAGAUUCAAUAUGCACACGAUGACAUAUUUAAAGCAUUUGUUUCUGUUCAUAUUCAGAAUUUUGGCUUUUUUACCUUCCACUCAACUUUUAGAUGAUAUGCUUGACCGGAUGUAGUUUUGAAGAUUAAAAUUUUUAUUCUCUCCUUAAAUGUGAAUUUUACAAAAAUUACACCAAAAUGUUAUGUUAUGAUGGAAAACUCCUGACUCUUUGUUAGCUAGACCCUCUGAAGCUGGCUGUUCAGAGCGUUAUAUCCCAGCAUUUAAAUGGAAAGUUGAGUGGAAGGAAAAACUAUAAUAGCUGAAACCCAUAGUCAUUAAAAUUCACAUAAAUAAUUGCUUGAAAUAUAUUUCUGUUCACAAUUAAUCUGUGAUUCAACUUACUUUUGGAGUCAAUUUAUUACACUGAAUGACUUUUUGAUGUUUUGAUUUAUUGAGAUGCAUCUGUGUGCUGUAUAUGAGUGCAUGUGAGUGUGUGACUGAGAGCGUGUGUUUCCCAGUGACAUAAGGGAAUCUGUGUGCUGUUCCUGUUUUUAAUGGCUGGACAUAACAACACGACUCUGUGCGAUCUUUUGUUUUCAUGGUGAAUUCUUGUGAAGUUUCAUCAGCUUGUAUAAAGUUAUUUUAGGACGGGGAGUGGGAGGGUAGAUAAAGACG